GACCGCGACGGCAAUCGCUGGCGCGCAGAGCCGGGCGCAGCGGCGGGAGUAGCACGCCGGGGUCGCCGCCACCAUGGCCGCGGUGGAUCUGGAGAAGCUGCGCGCGUCGGGGGCCGGCAAGGCCAUCGGGGUGCUGACCAGCGGCGGCGAUGCGCAAGGUAUGAACGCUGCCGUGAGGGCUGUGACCCGCAUGGGCAUAUAUGUGGGCGCCAAGGUGUUCCUCAUCUAUGAGGGCUAUGAGGGCCUCGUGGAGGGAGGUGAGAACAUCAAGCCGGCCACCUGGCUCAGCGUCUCCAACAUCAUCCAGCUGGGUGGCACUAUUAUCGGCAGCGCCCGCUGCCAGGCUUUCACCACGCGGGAGGGGCGCCGGGCGGCCGCCUACAACCUGGUGCAGCGUGGCAUCACCAACCUGUGUGUCAUCGGCGGCGAUGGCAGCCUCACUGGUGCCAACAUCUUCCGCAGCGAGUGGGGCGGUCUGCUGGAGGAGCUGGUGAGGGAAGGCAAGAUCUCGGAAACCACGGCUCAGACCUACUCACACCUGAACAUCGCGGGGCUUGUGGGCUCCAUCGACAAUGACUUCUGCGGCACUGACAUGACCAUCGGCACUGACUCAGCCCUGCACCGCAUCAUGGAGGUCAUCGAUGCCAUCACCACCACGGCCCAGAGCCACCAGAGGACAUUUGUGCUGGAGGUGAUGGGGCGGCACUGUGGGUACCUGGCACUGGUGUCUGCACUGGCCUCGGGUGCCGACUGGCUGUUCAUCCCUGAGGCACCCCCUGAGGAUGGCUGGGAGAACUUCAUGUGUGAGAGGCUGGGUGAGACCCGCAGCCGCGGCUCCCGUCUGAACAUCAUCAUCAUCGCAGAGGGUGCCAUCGACCGCCACGGGAAGCCCAUCUCAUCCAGCUACGUGAAGGACCUGGUGGUCCAGAGGUUGGGCUUUGACACACGAGUGACCGUGCUGGGCCAUGUCCAGCGCGGCGGGACACCUUCGGCCUUUGACCGGAUCCUGAGCAGCAAGAUGGGCAUAGAGGCCGUGAUGGCGCUGCUGGAGGCCACGCCUGACACGCCUGCCUGUGUGGUCAGCCUCUCAGGGAACCAGUCGGUGCGACUGCCCCUCAUGGAGUGUGUGCAGGUGACAAAGGAUGUGCAGAAGGCCAUGGACGACAGGAGGUUUGAGGAGGCCAUCCAGCUGCGUGGCAGGAGCUUCGAGAACAACUGGAACAUUUACAAGCUCCUCGCCCACCAGAAGGUCUCCAAGGAGAAGACCAACUUCUCCCUGGCCAUCCUGAACGUGGGGGCCCCGGCAGCUGGCAUGAACGCUGCCGUGCGCUCAGCGGUGCGGACUGGCAUCUCCCAGGGCCACACGGUGUACGUGGUGCACGACGGCUUUGAGGGCCUAGCCAAAGGCCAGGUGCAGGAAGUGGGUUGGCAUGAUGUGGCCGGCUGGCUAGGGCGUGGUGGCUCCAUGUUGGGCACCAAGAGGACACUGCCCAAGGGCCACAUGGAGGCCAUCGUGGAGAAUCUCCGGGCACACAACAUCCAUGCCCUGCUGGUCAUUGGCGGAUUUGAGGCUUAUGAGGGGGUGCUGCAGCUGGUGGAGGCGCGUGGGCGCUAUGAGGAACUGUGCAUCGUCAUGUGCGUCAUCCCUGCCACCAUCAGCAAUAACGUGCCGGGCACCGACUUCAGCCUGGGCUCAGACACGGCGGUCAAUGCUGCCAUGGAGAGCUGCGACCGCAUCAAGCAGUCAGCCUCGGGCACCAAGCGCCGUGUAUUCAUUGUGGAGACCAUGGGGGGCUACUGCGGCUACCUGGCCACUGUGACCGGCAUUGCUGUGGGCGCCGAUGCUGCUUAUGUCUUCGAGGACCCUUUCAACAUUCAUGACCUCGAGGCCAAUGUGGAGCACAUGACGGAGAAGAUGAAGACGGACAUCCAGAGGGGCCUGGUGCUGCGGAACGAGAAGUGUCAUGAGCACUACACCACGGAGUUCCUGUACAACCUGUACUCGUCGGAGGGCAAGGGCGUCUUCGACUGCAGGACCAACGUGCUGGGCCACCUGCAGCAGGGUGGAGCGCCCACACCCUUUGAUCGGAACUAUGGGACCAAGCUGGGGGUGAAGGCCAUGCUUUGGAUGUCAGACAAGCUGCAGGCUGUCUACCGCAAGGGGCGGGUGUUUGCUAAUGCCCCGGACUCGGCCUGCGUGAUUGGCCUGCGGAAGAAGGUGGUGGCCUUCAGCCCUGUCACAGAGCUCAAGGAGGACACAGAUUUCGAGCACCGAAUGCCACGGGAGCAGUGGUGGCUGAACCUGCGGCUGAUGCUGAAGAUGCUGGCACACUAUCACAUCAGCAUGGCCGACUAUGUGUCGGGGGAGCUGGAGCACGUCACGCGCCGCACGCUUAGCCUGGACACUGGCUUCUGAGGGCUGCCUGCCCCUCCGGCACCUGUGGGAAUCUUGUGGCCUGCGCUGGGUGGGCUUGGUCCUGCCACACGCCGGUCCCCCUUCCAAGCUGCCCCAGAACCAGCACUGGCCCACCCUCCCCCAUGCUGGGCCCCGCCUCCGGGUCCCUGGACCUGCGUUUCCUGAGGACCACACUGACCUCUGGCACCACAGUGGCCGGGCGGCACUGCCACCUUCUCUAGAAAUAAAGUUGCCUGUGGAGUC